AUGAAUCGCCAUAUCAUUAUUUUCUUGAACUUCUUGAUCUUUCUUAUUUCUAGUACCUUUGCUGCUUGUGGUAAUGCAGGUGGUUGUAUAUGCGAUAAAAAUGAUAAAACUGGUGGUCUCAAAUGUGGUUAUGAACUUAAUAAUCAUUGUCCUUCUGAUCCCAGCUCUAUAUUCCAAUGUAGUCCUAAUAGUGGUAGCAUUUGUCGAUAUGGUUCUUGCUCGUAUGGAUGCUGUGCAGUCGGUAAUGGGAAAAGUUACUGUUGCAAAGACAAUAAAUGUUCAGGAUGUCCCUCUGGUAAAUGGAUUAAGAAAGACUCCCAACCUCCUUCUAAUCCACCUCCUUCUAACCCACCACUCUCUAACCCACCUCCUUCUAACCCACCACCCUCUAACCCACCUCCUUCUAACCCUUCCGGUUAUGAUAGACAAAAGGCAGUAAAUUAUGCUGGACAAUAUUGUUUGCAUCCAAAUUCGAAUUAUGAAAAUUAUGAUAAAAAAGGAGGUGAUUGUACUAAUUUCGCUUCACAAGUUUUACAUGCAGGUGGUAUUCCUACAGACAAUAUUUGGAAACCGGGAUCUACUGCAUGGGUUAAUGUGCAAGCGUUUUACAAUUAUCUUAUUAGUCAUAACUUGGCAAAAGAAUGCCAAUUGACUGAACUGAAACCAGGUGACUUUAUACAAUAUUACAGUUCAACCUGGUCACAUACUGUUGUGGUUGUAAAAUCCGGUGCAAACCCUACAGUUGAUUCUCACAGUGCAUUUAAAUGUAAUAGUUUACAUAGUUAUUUUAGAAAAGGGUUUAAUAACGAUAGAGGUGUUUGCAUUACGAAAUGA